CGCUGGCUCUGGGAUCUCAACCCCAACCCCAACCAACCUCACUCUCUCUUUCUCUCUGUUUUCUGGUAAUUCAUCAAUUGAUUCAAAAUGCUGAGGCUCAAACUGCAACUAGUGCUAUUCCUCUCAAUCUCAACUUGUCACACUGUUUUCUCCUUCACUGAUGGGUUGUUGCCAAAUGGGAACUUCGAGCAGGGCCCAAAGCCAUCACAAUUGAAGGGGUCCGUAGUGACAGGCCACGAUGCCAUACCGAAUUGGACAAUUUCGGGGUUCGUUGAAUACAUAAAAUCAGGACAAAAACAGGGUGACAUGUUACUGGUUGUGCCCGAGGGUGACUAUGCAGUUAGACUUGGCAACGAAGCUUCCAUUAAGCAGAAGCUGAAGCUGAUUAAGGGGUCCUUCUACUCCAUCACGUUCAGUGCAGCUCGAACCUGUGCACAAGAGGAGAAGCUCAACGUGUCAGUGGUUCCAACCACCGAGAAGAGGGACUGGGGCAUCAUCCCCAUUCAGACUAUGUAUGGUAGCAAUGGCUGGGAGUCUUUCACUUGUGGCUUCCGAGCAGAUUUCCCAGAAGCUGAAAUUGUCAUCCAUAACCCUGGCAAAGAAGAGGAUCCAGCUUGUGGUCCCCUCAUUGAUUCCGUUGCCCUCAAGGUCUUGUACCCACCCAAAAGAACAAGAGCUAAUUUGUUGAAAAAUGGAAACUUGGAAGAAGGGCCAUAUAUAUUUCCCAACUCGUCUUGGGGGGCUUUGAUCCCACCGCAUAUAGAGGAUUCUCACGGUCCUUUACCAGGGUGGAUUGUUGAGUCUCUUAAGGCCGUGAAGUACAUUGAUUCUGACCACUUUGCUGUGCCCGAGGGAAAAAGAGCUAUUGAACUUGUUGCAGGGAAAGAGAGUGCACUUGCACAGGUAGUGAUUACUACAAUCGGCAAGACUUAUGACCUCACUUUCGCCGUGGGUGAUGCCAACAAUGAAUGCGAAGCUUCCAUGAUGGUAGAAGCAUUUGCUGGCGCAAACACUGUCCAAGUUCCAUAUCAAUCUAAGGGUAAAGGAGGUUUUGUCAGAGGCAAGCUUCGGUUCAAGGCCGUCUCAACACGUACUCGUCUUAGGUUCCUAAGCACAUUUUACACCAUGAAGAGUGAUAACUCUGGUUCGCUUUGUGGACCCGUCAUAGAUGAUGUAAAAUUGCUUGGUGUUCGUUAUCCCACACAUGCUUGAUGAUGAGGUUUCAAUCAAAACACGUACAUGUGCUACAUUCAUGUAGUUGAGCAUAUAUACCACAGGAUUCUUGUAAUAAUAGGAGGGUUUACUAUUGUUGAGCGACUUUACCAAGUCUCACAUUUAUUUAUGUAUCUAUUUUUCCAUCAAAUCAAAUGCAGUAAUGACGGGGAGUUCCUUCAAUGAAUAUGAUGAUAUACCUAUAUCAUGCUUGUGCA